AUGACGAUGCCAUCCACUCGUCACGUGAAGUCGGCCUCAACAGGCCAAACCCAGAUCCACAUCCUCCCGCGGGAUGUAAGCACCACCGCCGUCCUCGGCCUGUUCGAGGCCGACCGUGGCCUUGCCAUCCGGCGCUGGAUGGCCCAGGGUCCCGAGGAGGACCACUGGAGCGCUCUCAACCUCCCCCCGGGCGAGUCUCUCGCCGAGUUCAUCGCCGCCGAGAGGGCCAAACUCGCCCCCGCCUAG